UCAAUGCGCGUCCGAACAGUCCGCGAGAGCACGUUCGUCGUUCAUGAGAGAAAUUUUGUGGUUAUCUUUUACAAAUGGCGACUUACGGUGAGACACGCCGUAUCGUAUAACCCGUACCUAAGACGAUCCAUUUUUUGUCGUGUAACAAACGUUGAAGCGUUCGGCGCAACGUAUUCGUAUUGGCGACGAUUGAACGAUAAGCCGUCUUGAACGCACAACAAAUUCGAUAAUCUUGUGUUUACAAAUCCGUAAAUAUACAUAAUGGGAAACGUGAUGGCUGCUUCCGCACCUCCUCCACCGCCACCUCCUCCACCGGGUCUCGGUCUAAUGCCGAAUUUAGGGAAACCGGAUCCGUCGACGGAUGUCUACGCGCCUAACGAAACGACGCCCAGCCAGAUCGAGAAUCCGGGUACCAUCGAAGAUUUGCACAAAAAGUGUAAAGAUAUAUUUCCUAUAAAUUUUGAAGGAGCAAAAUUGGUAGUCAAUAAGGGAUUGAGUAACCAUUUCCAUAUUUCACAUACUAUUAACAUGAGUUCUGUAAUACAAUCUGGUUACAGAUUUGGUGCAACUUAUGUUGGUACAAAACAAAUUUCACCUACGGAAGCAUAUCCUAUAUUAUUAGGUGAUAUUGACCCAAGCGGAAAUCUUAAUGCCAAUAUUCUUCAUCAGCUUGGUUCAAGACUCAAAGGAAAAUUGGCCGCGCAAGUGCAAAGAAGUAAAUUUACUGCUGUGCAAAUGACAGCUGACUAUCGAGGAGAUGCGUAUACUUGUUCGUUAACACUAGGCAAUCCAGACAUUCUUAAUUGCUCUGGUGUCCUUGUUUUACAUUAUCUUCAAAGCCUGACACCGUCGCUUGCAUUGGGCGGCGAGCUUGCGUACCAACGUGGACCUGGCUUACCAGGCGGACAAGUUGCAUUAUUAUCUGCUGCAGGAAGAUAUACGAGUGGUGAUUCUACAUUCAGCGGUAGCAUUAGUCCAUCCGCUUGUCACCUCUGUUUCCACCAACGAGCUAGUCAACAAUUACAAGUGGGUGUGGAAUUAGAAAUUAAUGCGCGAAUGCAAGAGUCGACAGCAACAAUUGCCUAUCAAGUCGAUUUACCUAAAGCAGAUUUAGUGUUUAAAGGUAGCGUAGAUACGACUUGGACGGUAGGAGCAGUCUUAGAAAAGAGAUUACAACCGUUGCCAUUCUCAUUCGCGCUCAGUGGUAUGAUCAAUCAUAGCAAGCAACAAUUUAGAUUAGGUUGUGGCCUGAUCAUCGGUUAAGAACGAUACGCUGCUAUGCAAUUUUUCAAGAUCAAGCGGAUCCAAAGGAAAUCGGGGACUAUGCUUUACGUGCAGUCAAACAGUCACGUAAUCUUAGGAUCUACAAUGCCAUAUCGACUCCUUUCUGACUUUAAUGGUUAUCAGGGCAUAUCGUUUCGUUGAAAAUACAACUCUUGUUAAAUGAUCGUGUUAAUUUAAUUAAAAGAUCUAUAUAGAUUUCUAGACUGGAUUUCUCGUUUUAAUACACCGUCAACGUUUUUUUUUUAUUUCUGUCUAUAACAAUCUGUCAUUAAGAUAUUUGUUACAUAACUUUUUUAGAUUGGUGUUCUAUCAUAAAAUUUCAGUAUAUUUUUAUGAAUAAAAAACAAUAUUUGUACUUAAAA